AUGCUGACAAUUUGUGCAAAUAGAACCUCCUCGCUGUUGUUCAGAUUCAACCGUCGAUCCUUCACGAAGCUAGCACAUGAAUCUUCGCCGGCGGCGCUUCGUGGUGACGAUGACCAAGAAUUUCUUCCUCAAAUGCCGCCGUUCGACUACACGCCUCCGCCCUACGACGGGCCGUCUGCAGCCGAGCUUCUGGAAAAGCGGCAGCGCCACCUCAACCCUUGCAUGUCAUACUUCUACAAAAACCCCUUGUUUUUGGUAGAUGGGAAGAUGCAAUACUUAUUCGAUGAGAAGGGACGCCGAUAUCUCGAUGCUUUUGGAGGUAUUGCAACAGUCAGUUGUGGCCACUGCCACCCUGAGAUUUUGGAAGCCAUUUUUAACCAGACAAAGAAAUUGCAACACACGACUGCCUUGUACUUGAACAGGGCAAGUGCAGACUUUGCUGAAGCGCUUGCAUCCAAGUGUCCUGGUGAUCUCAAUGUUGUGUUCUUUACAAAUUCUGGGACAGAGGCAAAUGAGCUAGCUUUAAUGAUUUCUCGGUUGUACACUGGUUUCCAUGAUAUUAUUUCAGUUAGAAAUGGAUAUCAUGGGAAUGCAGGUGUAACCAUGAGUGCCACUGGUCAAUGCAACUACAAGUACAAUGUUGUACAGAGUGGAAUUCACCACGCGUUGAACCCAGAUCCAUAUAGAGGAAUCUUUGGUUCAGAUGGACCUAAAUAUGCAAAAGAUGUUGAUGAGAUCAUCACUUAUGGAACUUGUGGCCGUGUAGCUGGUUUUAUUGCAGAAGCAAUACAGGGAGUUGGUGGAAUAUAUGAAUUGGCUCCAGGGUACCUUCAAGCAGUGUACAAUAGUGUUCGAAAGGGUUUUGCACGCACAGGAAGCCAUUUUUGGGGGUUUGAGGCGCAGGGUGUUGUGCCUGAUAUUAUUACAAUGGCUAAGGGUAUUGGAAACGGACUCCCCCUUGGUGCAGUUGUAACAACUUCAGAGAUUGCAAAAGUGCUGACAUGUCAUGGUUAUCUCAAUACCUUUGGUGGGAAUCCAGUAAGCACUGCAGGUGGUUUAGCUGUUCUCAAAGUAAUAGAAAAAGAAAAGCUUCAACAGAAUGCAUUAAAAACAGGAACAUAUCUCAAAAACCAACUUCUAGCUCUUAAAGAAAAACAUCAAAUUAUAGGUGAUGUGAGGGGAAGAGGGUUUCUUCUUGGGAUGGAGCUUGUAACGGAUCGUGAGUUAAAGACUCCAGCAACCCGUGAAACUUUAUAUGUUAUGGAGCAAAUGAAAGAUAUGGGAGUGCUAAUCGGGAAAGGUGGACUGAAUGGGAAUAUUUUCAGAAUUAGUCCUCCCCUCUGCUUCACUAGAGAAGAUGCAGAUUUUCUUGUGUCUACAAUGGAUCAUAUAAUAUCGAAGAUGUGA